UGCAUCCUAAAUUCUAUGGAUCUCGAAGUAAUAAACAAUUUUUGCCCACAACGGCACAACCCCAUCUCGUACCAAUUAUAUCCUUCUUUCUCUUUCACUUUCAACUUUCUCUAUCAUGAUUCAUGGAUCAUGGAUGUGGUACAUCCUUACACCUGUAGCUCACUCUUCACUUUUCUGAACUUUCAAGAUUUUCUGGGAAAACUCUCAAUUGGGUCCGGCGGCUCUUUUACUGACACCUAAAAAUGGAGGAUUUUGAAGGUGGGUCGUUUGAGGAGAGAGAAAAUGGGGUUUAUGAUUACAUACCCAAGUUCAUUGGUGGUGCUGUUUCUGGUGCUCUCACUGGCGUUUUUGCUCUUGCUGGUGCUUUUACUGGAGCCGUUACUGGAGCUUUAGCUGGUAGGGCUUCGGAUAGUGGUUUACUCAGAGGUGCAGGGUUGGGUGCUGUGGCAGGCGCUGUUCUGUCUGUGGAGGUUUUGGAGGCUUCUCGUGCUUAUUGGUGUUCGCAGCAUUCUGGUUCACUUACUUCAUCAUCCAUGGCUGAUUUCAUAGAGGAGCUACUCCAAGGGAGGUUUGUUGAGGAACAAUUACCAACUGCGGUGCUAACUAGGUACUAUUGGCAGGCACAUAUUGCCAACAACAUAUAUGAUGAUGUUUAUGAUGUUUAUGGGGAUGUUGCUCCACGAGGGUUAUCUGGGGAUUCACUUAAGGAAUUGCCAUGCCAUGUUAUCUUGGAUAUGAACAAAGCAACAGACAACAUUUGCUGCACCAUAUGUUUGCAGGAUUUUGAAGUGGGAGAUACUGCAAGAAACUUGCCUCACUGCAAACACACAUUCCACCAAAAAUGCGUGGAUAAGUGGCUUUUAACACGAAGCUCCUGCCCUAUUUGUAGAAGGGAUGUUUAAAUUUUCUGUUCUGAUGUAAAUAUGUAUUGUCGACAAUGGGGAAGAUCAACACCUUUUCCACUGAGUUCUGUGUAAUUAGUUUUGUAUAUAUUCAGUGAGUUACCGAGUGAACCUAAAGGGGGGACUCCUUCCCUCAUCCAGAACGUAGCCAUACUAUUACUACCUUCAGGAUUGAGAAGGAAGUGCUAGCAUUUUGUAAGUUUUGCAUCAAUUUAAUUCCAGCUUUUAAUUAUAAGCA